CGAUCGCACUUUCGUGGGAUACAGACUUAAAAUUCCAAAAGGAAGAUCCUCCGCGCAUUGGGAAGAGUUUUCAUUUGAAAGUGAAGAAUAUUCGAGAGUUUAAAAGUUAGUGAUUGUGUGCACAAAUUCUUGGAUUAAUCCUUCUUCUAAAAACAAAGGAAGGAAAAAGGAUUUGGGAGGAGAUUUUGUGUUUGUGUCCCAUUGAGGACAGAGGAUAGAGAGGCCAUAGAGAGAUCGCGCCUAAAGAGAGAAGCGUGCGGGGAAAUGAUUUGCCAUGGAGUGGCUGGCGUGAUCAUAACACUCACUGCUGCCCUUCUUCUGCUACCGGUGGGUGUUGUGGGGAGAUGCGAUAGGGUACCCGAAGGAUCGGGUGCAAGUAAAUCACCCGCAGAUGGGAGGUAUCGCAUAAAGAUUUCCGGAAAUCCCGAAAGGUACACCCCUGGGGAGAUGUACACGGUGUCCCUGGCGGGCAUUCGAUCCAUGGGGGUGGCGCAUAAAUUCUCAGGAUUUAUGUUGACCGUUGAGAAGGAAACCUUCGAUCCAAUACGCGAUAUUGGAGGCAUUGGGAUUGCGGGGCAUUUUCAACUACUCGGCGACACCUUGGCAAAGUUCAGUGAUAAAUGCCCAAAUGUUGUUACACACACCAGCUCACUACCCAAGUCUGAUAUCCAGGUCUUGUGGACAGCUCCUCCACCGGGAAGUGGAUGUGUCGUCUUCAGGGCUACGGUGAUUGAGCAUCGGGAUGUUUGGUACAUGGAUGAUGGUCCAUUAAGUAAGAUGUUCUGUGAAGAUGAGCAGGAUACCAUUGAUGUGCAGCCCAUCAUUGAGGAUCCCUGCUGUGCGUGCCAGGAGGCAAAGUAUGAGUUGACUUUCGAGGGAUUGUGGUCCAGGCAUACGCACCCGAAGGAUUUCCCCUCAAAUCGCUGGCUGACGCGCUUCAGUGACAUCAUUGGUGCCUCCCAUACGGCUGACUACAGAUUCUGGGAGUAUGGGCAGCAGGCAAGUGAGGGGCUGCAGCAGGUGGCUGAACAUGGUUCUACGCGGAUGCUGGAGGGUGAGCUGAAGGCACAAAGUGAGAAUAUUCGAACAAUCAUCAAGGCACGGGGGAUUUCCUAUCCGAACGUUACGGGAAAAACCUUUGCUGUCUUCCGCGUUGAUGCUCGUCAUCAUCUUGUCUCCAUGGUAUCGAUGAUUGAUCCCUCGCCUGAUUGGAUUGUGGGGGUUUCUGGGUUGGAGCUUUGCUUGCCUAAUUGUUCGUGGAUUGAGAAUAAAGUUUUGAAUUUGUACCCAUGGGAUGCGGGGACGGAUAGUGGUCCAUCAUAUACGUCUCCGGAUCAACCAACAAAUCCACGUGAUGUUAUUCGGAGGAUUAAAUCAAAUUUCCCGAAUGAUCCGCGAUCGCCAUUCUAUGAUCCAAGUGGGGGGGAAAUGAAGGCAAUGGCGAGGAUACACAUCUCCCGGCAGAGACUCUACGAUAAGAAUUGCGAAGCAACAAGUGAGGAGGAUUUUGGGGCAUUCGGCGGGGGGUCUAGGGCAUGCGAAACAACUCCCUGGAGUACAUGGAGUACGUGUUCUGUCUCCUGUGGGAGAGGUGAGAGAUUCCGGCAGAGGAACUACAUUAAUCCCAUUGCAGCCAGUCAGAAUCGCUGCAACCGGAAGUUGCAGCAAAGUGGCACGUGCUACGGCACGGAGCGUCACUGUCGCCUUGGCGGUGGUGGGGAAUUCCAACCAAAUCAACCCGAAAGUACCAAUGAAGUCUUCCCCGAUUGUGCCCUGACGGAUUGGUCGGAGUGGAGUGAGUGCAGCAAUGCAUGUGGGAAAGGGGUGCGAACACGCACACGUACCUACGUGGUGAGGAGUGCAAUGAAAAAAUGCCAGAAAGCAUCCCCAAAUCCGCCCCAGCUUGAGCAGACGGUUGAAUGUCUCGGGAGGAAUUGUUCCGGAGACAUUGAUGAUGAAUAUGCACCACCACCACGUGGAGGAUACCCCAUAGAUGGGGGGGAUUUGGAUGAAGAUGAGGAGGAGGAAGAAGAUAAUUUUGCCUUCCGGCCGCGUCAGCGUCCGGAAGUGGGACGAGAACGUGAGAAUAGGGAAUGCAAAAUGGUUCCAUGGUCACAAUUUAGCCCCUGCAAUACAUCCUGUGGCCUAGGGCGAAGGAUGCGCUAUCGCUAUCCCAUUCGUCGGGGUAUUGACCCAAUGGAUGUUCAGAGUAAGGCAAUUGAUUUCUUCAAUCGUAAACCCCCUCUGGAACCCAUUGAGGAUCCGUACGAUUCGGGAUUCAACACCAACCCAAUGGAGGAGCCUGAAGAAGAAGAUCCAGCGGCGGCGGAGCAGCAGGAAGAUGAGAAUUGCAAUGAGAUCUUAUGCCUGGAACCCGAUGAUCCCUGCUAUGGGGAAUCAAUGCUGGAAAUAGUGAUGUGUGGACAGAAUCAGCCGGCAUGUGAUGAUGUCCCAGCGCGGUGCCUCCUCCCACCAACUCCAGGGUCGUGCAAAACCAUCCGGAAUCGUUGGUUCUACGACUACCGUCGAGGGGAAUGUGCUGUCUUCGCCUACACGGGAUGCGAUGGGAAUGAGAAUAACUUUGAAUCCCGCGAGGAUUGCAUGACGUCGUGCAAACCCUCCCAUGAUAUUCAGGAAGAACCCCAAGGGUAUCAGGCAAUCAGUAGUAUCCCCAUAAGGGAUCAGAAGCGUGCUGAAACACCGCGAGAUUGCAAAGUAUCCCACUGGGAGCGUGGACCGUGCAAUGUAACAUGCGGCUAUGGGCAUCGCAUAAAGACACGCAGGAUUCUGCGAAUGCCCCAAAAUGGGGGGAAACCCUGCCCGAGGAAACUUGUGCGGUACGAACGUUGUGACGUGCCGUGCAAUACGUCACAGGAUCCCUGCACCUACUCCGUGUGGAGCAAUUGGUCACCCUGUAGUGCAACUUGUGGGAGUUUUUCCGUGCAGCAGCGCACGCGGUAUGUCAUCAAUCCCACUCCCGGAGUCCCCUGCAUGGAUCGCAUUGAAGAGAGGCGAUGCAAUGUAAUGCCCUGUCCCUUAGGUGGCUGAACAGCCUGGAUAGACCUUCGUGCUCUAGCCUAGAGUCUACCUAGAGUGCACGAUGGAGAUUUAUAUUUUCUUAACAAAAAAAAAAGAAACUUAUUUAAUUUCA